UUGAAAACUCAGGGGAGGUAACUCAUUAGAUAUGCUGCAAAACGAAAGUAAAAGUUGAACUUUACAAGUAUCUUGAAACAGUUGUACGUUUUGUUCACCGACAUAUAAUUAAACAGAAAUUAAAGAAUGGCAACCAGUGUGGAUGAAUUUUGUAAUUUGUGUAAAGUAUCUUUCACAUCUGCCAAAAAUGCAAAUGAUCAUUAUGAAGGUAGGACGCAUAAGAACGCAUUGACUGGUGAAAGUGAACUAUUUUGUGAUUUGUGUAAAAUUAAAUGCAGUUGCCUUGAGAGCAUGAACGCUCACUUGGAAGGAAAAUCUCACAAAAGGAAGGAACAAGAAGCCAUGUUAUCUUCAGUAGUGAAUGAUGAAAAUGUCAUUAAAGAUGAAAGUGGGGAUGGUUUUUGUUGCAAGUUAUGUGACAUUAAAUGCAGUGGAAUAGAAAAUAUUAAUGUUCAUUUACAAGGAAAAUCACAUAAGAAGAAAGAAAUGCAAGUUAACAUUGAAUCACCAGAAGGCUAUGGAUCACCAAAAGAGAAGUCAGAUGGAAGUUUGUUGUAUUGUGAGAUUUGUCAAGUCAGUAUAAGUGGGAGUGAUAAUAUGAAAUUACAUGUAGAAGGUAAAGGUCACAAGAAAAAACAGCUUCAGCAGUCUAAUAGUCAUGGGGAUGAAAAGAGCAAAACAAUUAAUGAUGGUAAUGUUGAUGGAAAUAAUGGAGAAAAUGAUGACUCUAUUUACGUUGAUGCACAGCAAACCUUUGACCAUGAACACAAAACUGUUAAAAAUGAUUUGAGUGGGCAAUCAGACAAAAAGGAUGAACCCAAUAUCAUUAGAGAUAGGAUUAGUUCCAGUGACGAGGACAAUGUCGGACAGGAAAUAGAUCAGACUUUUGUUAAAAAUAUUCUUGAGUCUUUUGAAGGAGGAAAAUAUUCCAAAAGUAUUGAUCACAAAGAUAAUUUAAGCUUACCUUUGAACCAAGCAGUAAACAAAGACUUCAAAUCUUUAAAUUCCUCCAGUAAUUACUCAAAUAAAAAUAAGAUUGAAGGCAAAAAUGUUGAUACAACAUUUCAAAAGAUAAAUAAUUCUGAAAUAAUACAUGAUAAUGGAUGUUCACUAGAUGUUUCUACGACAACUAAAAAUACAAUGGAAACAAACACUAGUACCAAGUCAAUAGAAAAUAAAGCAUCUACUUCGAGUGUGUCGACUAAAAAGGAUGAUUUAAAAGGUACACAAAACACACCGUCUAGAACUACAGUCAGAAUGCCUAAACGUCAACAAAAUUACCACUGUGUUAUAUGUAACCAGUUGAUGAACACUGAGAAAGCCUACAAAGAUCAUUUACAAGGGAAGAAUCAUGGUAGGAAGUUGUUGGCCCCUGACAGAGUUCUACCAGAAACUGUCUUCACAGAAGUAGAUAUAACUGAGGUAAAGACCAAAUCUAGACCCAGGAAGUAUCAAGAAGAACUGUUUAGGAAAGCCAUGAAGAAAGACGCCAUUUGUUUUCUUCCUACAGGUACUGGUAAAACAUUGAUAGGUUGUAUGGUAAUGAGUACAAUGUUAGAGCAGAACCCUACCAGACAAGUUGUCUUCCUUGUAGAGAGAGGUCUACUGGUCCUACAGCAGUUUCAGUAUAUCAAAAAAGAGCUUGGGGCUACAUUAUUUACCAGAUUUGGACUGCAGGAUCUCUACACAACAGAGAGAAGAAAGUUAUUGAUUGCUGGACUAUGUUCAGGUUCUCAGAGCUCUAGAGGUGUACCUUUGUGGAAACAUGACGUUAUUGUAGUCACAGCAGCAUACUAUGAGAAUUUGUUACAGAAGAAGUUACUGCGAUGGAAAGACACAUGCUUGGUAGUGUUUGAUGAAGUCCAUCACUGUGUAAAGAGUCAUCCUUAUAACAGAUUGUCAUACUUUGAACAUAAAGAAUGUCCUACAGAAGACCAACCAAAACUAUUAGGACUCACAGCUUCCCCUGCAGGCAAAUCAACUGUUGAACAAACUGUCAAAAUGCUUGAAGAACUAACCAUUAAUGUAGGUGGUGUGUCAAUUGAAAUAGUCGAGGAUAAUGAAAGUGAGCUAAACACAUAUAGAUCUAAUGCUGAGAUUGAUAUACAAACUGUUUCACUGAAUUCCCAGGAAGAGAGGUUUAAAUCAGAACUCCAGGUUUACAUAUUGCAUUGCUACAAGAAGAUGGCUGAUGUAACAAAUCUUUUAGAGCAUUCAGAUGCAGAGGAGUUAAAACUGGUAAACAAAAAUGAUAGAGAGUUCAGACAACUUGCAGACGAAAAACUAGAUGGAAAGAUGCUCAACUACCUGAAGUUAACAAUAGGCUUGUCUGAACCAUGUGUUGGUGCAAGUCCUCAAGAGAAAGUGCUAGCCACUAACUUGAUUAAGCAUUCUCACUAUAUUUGUGUUACCUUAGACAUUUUAUUACAGUUUGGAAUGGAAGCUGCUGUGGAGGAAUUAAAAGAAUUAAUGGGUUUGGAUAAAGGGACAAGUUUUGAAUUUGCCAGAAAACUAGAGCUGCCAUGUUCCAUACUCACGGAAAUGGUUUCCAGAAUUAUAUGUCAAGAAAACCAGCAAGAUCAGAUAGAUGAUGGGAAAUUUACCAAACUAGUUGACCUUUUGAUCAACCCUGAGACAAUAAACUUGCUUAAAGAUGACAAAUCACUCAUACUUAUCCUUGUCAAAGAGAGAGGGUCUGCAUUUAAAAUGAACGAGCUUCUACAAGACAAAAUUAUGAGUGUUUGUAAAGGAGGCGUAUCUGCAUUGGUUGGACACGGAACGACAAGCGGUAAAGAACCUGGCAUGAAAGUCACUCAUCAGAAAGUCAUACUGGAUAACAUUCAACAACAUAAGUAUAACAUUGUGGUGGCUACUUCAGUGGCAGAAGAAGGAAUAGACAUCCCUGAGUGUGAGCUAGUCAUAACAUUAAACCCUCCUUCAAACGUAACAGCCUUAGUACAGAUGAGGGGAAGAGCUAGGAAAAACCAAAGCAAAUUUAUUGUUGUCUGUAACAGUACAAAGGAACGGGAGGACAUGGAAGAUUUACUGAAGCGUGAACAGAAUAUGAUGGAAGCAGUCAAACAAUUAUCACAAUCUUAAUACACGCAAUAUGCAUGAUGACUUUAUUUUACAAACUAGUUGUUCAAUCUGCUUUUGAGUUUAAGUUUUAAGUUAUUAUCACCUAUAAAUAAUCAUAAAUUGUCAAUUACCUUAAAUGUCAUAUGCAAAGGUUAAAGGUUAAAGGAUAAGUUAUUGGUGUUCAGUAUUAUUAUAUUUUUAGGGAUCCUGUCAUAUACCCUGUUAGGUCUGGCCAUUUAUGUCAUUCAUCUGUCCAUUAAUUUAUAAUAAUUUUAAUUUUGUUUAAAAAAUGAUAAAAUAAUGUAUGAUUUACGUGUUUUUAUAUUAUUAUGCAAUAUUAAAGAUUAUAAAAUGAGUAGGUCCAGUAAGACCCCUUUUUGGCCCCAAAAUAUAGCAGUUUUACAAAAUUGUUAAAAUGUAAACUUUUAGUUAUUUAUUGGAUAGUUAAAUGGUUUUACUACAUAAAUAUGGGCUGUUUUUGACAAUACAAUGCACAUAUAUUGGGUACUAGUACCAUUAAGUCAUGCUAAAUUACUGAAAUCUUAACAAUUCCAGAAUUUUACUUAAAUAUUAGACGGUUUCCAUGUAAAACUAAUAUGGCCACAUUUGUGUUCAUCCAAAAUAUUGAAAUUGUAGUUGUAUUUGUUGAUAAUACACAACAUAGAUUGAGGAUGAACACAGAUGUGGCCACUUUCGUUUUUGACAAAAACCAUCUGAAAAGGGACAUUUUUUCGCAUGUUUGGUAGAUUUUCAUAUUUGAGCUUGAAUCGGAUCGUUUUUAAUGACUAAAUAAGUUAAAAUCUGUCACAUAAAUUAAUUGAAUCAUAUGGAAUAGACACUAAAGUGUUUAAAAAGUGGUCAAAAUCUUUUGUCAGAUGAAACUAAAAUUUGAGGCUAAAAUCAAUUCUUACCGGACCUACUCCUUUAUAAUUAAUAUGGAUUGGUAUGUCUCAAAAUAAUAUUUUUAAAGUAGCAGUCAUUUUGAUAUUUAAGGUGGUACCCAACACUUUGACUAAAAAUAAUUUCGCUCAUUUUAUUUUCAUAAAAUUUUGACAAAUUAUUUACUUUGACCCUUUGACAAAAAUACAAAAAAUUCAAAAAAAUUGAACCAAGUGUUUUAUCAGAAAACUUACACUGGUUAUAUAGCAGCUUGACAAACACCAAUUUGGAUCAUUGUGAAGCUUUAUAUUACCUUCACAAGGUUAUGUAAUUAAAACGUUUAGAGAUAUUACAGAGUCAUCUCCCUGUAGUGAUAGGUACCACCUUAAGAGAAUUUAAACUGCUUUUUGGUAAAUUACAUUUUCAUAAGAUUAUAAAAUAGGAAGAUACAUGUAUGUGAUUUAAAUUCAUUUUUUGCUAAAUUUUUCAAAUUCUCAUUGAAACAAAAUAAUAGUAUAGAUCUCAAUUUUGAUUAUCAAAAUUCAUCUGCUGUGAUUGUGUAAAAGAUUGUCAAGUAGUUCCGAAAUCUAGGUUGUACAUUUUAAUCUUUUAAAGGUUAUCACAUUUAUAUCUAUAAAAUGACACCUAAUUGAUUACCAGUAUUUUUGUUUUCAAGAUUUAUUUGAUAAGAAGACUUAUUUAUCAACCAAAGGAGAAAUAGUUGUACUUUAAUGGGCUGCACACACAAAUGUACAGUGCAUCUUUAGUCCUCAAUUUGCAUGAAAUAUGUUCAUUAGGCAAAGGACAAUGGAUUAUUCUUUAAAUUUAAAGUAAACAAUAAGAAUGAGCAUUGUAACAGAUGGGAUAGGAACUAGAAUAUGAUGUAACAGAUUCCUUUAUUCUAUUAUAAAACUAGGUUAAAUCCACAAUUUUCUACGUAAGGAUAUACCUAUACCAGGAAUAUGACAGUUGUUUCAAUUUGUAAGAUGUGUUUGAGCUUUUGAUUUGCCAUUAGAUAAGAAGCUUCCAUUUAAAAUUAUCCUUGGAGUUCGGUAUUUGGGUUAUUUUACUUUUUUCUCAUACAUUAUUCAUAAAUAUACUUGCAACAAUUGAUGAGUCUUAUGUAGACGAAACGCGCGUCUGGCGUAUAAAAUUGUAAUUCUGGUACUUUUGAUAACUAUUAAGUUAGUUUUUUGUAUUUGAACAUAAGCAAUUUGAUGCUUACUGCUAAAGUUUCAUCCCAAAAUAGUAAUGUUGUAUUGGUUACAUUUAAGACCACUAUAAAAUAUGUGUUAUAAUAGUCUGGGGUUGUAUUUUGCUGUUAAAACUGUUUUGUUUUUUAAUUGCUUCUUCAAUUAUUUAUUAUCAAUUGAAGGUGCUAUUUACAGAUUUAAUAAAUAUGUAAUUUUA